CCAAAAGAUGACCACUCAAAUCACAUCUGCUUGGCUUUGCAUCAUUUAGGAUCUUCUGAGAGAUGCUUUUGAGAAGGAGGGGAGACGCAACACACCUUAAAAUUUCAACCAAGGAGGAUCUACACAAACACUUCAAAUCAUUGAGACUCCACCUACAAGCAGAGUCUGUAACACAGAAACAUUCACAUACACACUUGUCCAGUGAUGAUGAUGUGCUCUCGCCUGCGCCCCUCGCUCCCUCACCUCUUGUCAUGUAGGCUGCUGGGUACCACGGCCUCGAGGACGGUGGUAGAGAAGCAGCCUGAGGUUCUCUCAGCAACUCUGGCCUUUGAGGAUCCCAGUGCCUUCAGAGUGAAGAGUUGGGGUGAGCUGCUCCGUGCGCUGGGCAUCUUUCGCCUUUGCUCCUUCCCUGUGCUCGUCAACAACAGUGGGAAGCUGAUGUCAAUAACACGCAAACUCCUGGGGAGGAGGGCGUUUUCCUUUCUGCUGCGGCCCACUGUGUACGCCCAGUUUGUGGCCGGAGAGAAUGAGAGCGAGAUCUCUCAGUCCAUGGAGAAGAUGAGCCUGCUGGGACUGAGGCCCAUGCUGGCAGUGCCAAUCGAGGAAGAUCUGGGAGAGAGCACAGGAGAGAAGAGAUAUGACGACAACAUGGAGGCCAUGUUGGAAUGUGUGCGGAUUUCCCAUGGCAACGCCUGGAGCAAAGACCCGAUGAUGCAGCUGAAGGUCACAGCCCUGCUCAGCCCUGAGCUGUGUGUGAAACUCACAACCCUCAUCGCACAACAACCAUAUGACCUGAAUCUCCUUGUCAGAGCCAUGGAUGGAGAGCAAAUCAACUUCCCUGGUUUAAAUGAAAGCGAAGUUACCCAUUUCCUGUGUGGUCUGCAGAGACUCAACAAAAUAGCAGAGGCAAGUAUAAACAAAGUCCGAGUCCUGGUUGAUGCAGAGUACACCUACAUGAACCCCGCCCUCUCUCUGGUCACCAUGGCAAUGAUGAAGAAGUUUAACAAAGAUGGCGCCUGGAUUUGGAACACAUAUCAGUGUUACCUGAAGGAGUCAAGGUCUCUCCUGUUAGAAGCUCUGCAUCUGUCCAACAAAGAGGGCUUCUGUUUGGGGGUCAAGCUGGUACGAGGAGCCUACAUGGACAAAGAGAGGAAGCUGGCAGAGAAAGAGGGUCGUGUUGACCCCAUCCACAAGUGCUGGGAGGACACCAAUGACAGUUAUAAUGACUCGCUGAAUGUGAUGCUGGAGGAAAUAUCCAAGAAACCUGAACGCUUCAGGAUCAUAGUUGCCACUCACAACGAGGAGUCAGUGAGACGAGCUGCUGAACGGAUGAGAGAGUUGGGGAUAGACAACGAUGGAGGCUCAGUGUGUUUCGGCCAGCUGUUGGGCAUGUGUGAUCAUGUCUCCCUCACACUGGCUAAAGAAGGUUAUGCCGUAUACAAGUCAGUACCCUACGGCUCAGUGGAUGACACACUCCCCUACCUGGUGCGUCGAGCUCAAGAGAACCGCACCGUGCUGCAGGGAAUCCGCAAAGAGAGGGACCUACUGAGGAAAGAGCUCUACAGGAGACUGAGUCUGAGGAGAGGUACCUAAUAAGCUACAAGCAGAAAGAGCAAACAGAAGAAUCAUUGGUGCUGAACCAGUGGGCACUCAGGAAAAGGAAGUCACAUGGGAACAAGAGCGAAAAGUUCAAAUCAAGUAACACUUACAUAUUUCUUGAGUCAUUAAGUUUGUAAUAUCCAAGGAUUUGAAAGCCAUAACUUACUGUAUGCUGAUGAAAAACAGAAGUGAAUGUUAUAAAGGAUCAAACUUGCAAUAGGUGAUGUAGUUUUGAUCUAAGUGAGUGUGUGGUAAACUGAACAACGAUUUCAUGACAGCUAAGAACAAUAAGUCCAACAUUAUAUGUUUUGUUAAGUUUGAUGGACAAGCUGCUGUACAUUAAAAACUGUUAAUACCUUCAUGUUUUAUAGAAAUAAACUGCUUAAAUUUAUGGAA